AUGGACAACGCCGACUAUCAGAUACCCCCAUACUUCCGCCAACCGCCACUGCUACUCGAUACACUCGAGACAGAAACAUCUACUGUUCAGAGCGAAACCGUCAGGGAGUGCUUGCCUCUACUCGAUGGCAUCAAUGACCCCAGCCGAAGUCCAUUCGAUUUCAAUGAGUUUGGAUUACCUGGCUUAGAAAAAGAGGCGCACAUUGAAUUCCUGCAUCAGAACUUGGAAGAGUUCCCUGCUCCCUUCGUCGGCAUUGAUGCUAGUCGUCCUUGGAUGGUUUAUUGGGCAUUGGUGGGACUCUACAUGCUCGGUGAAGACGUUUCCGAAUUCCGUUCAAGGGUGGUCAAAACAAUUUAUUCCAUGCAAAACCCCAAUGGCGGCAUUGGUGGUGGCUUCGGACAAGAUGCCCACCAAGCUGGGACCUACGCGGCGCUGCUGUCUCUGGCGUUGGUUGGCGGCGAAGAGGCCUACUCACUUGUCGAUCGUGAAAAGAUGUGGCACUGGCUAGGGCGGCUCAAGCAAGCGGACGGAGGCUUUCAGAUAUGUGAAGGCGGCGAAGAAGAUACUCGAGGAGCUCUGUGUGCCUUGGUUGCCGUUUCACUUCUCAACCUUCCUCUUUCGCUUCCCCCAGAUUCUCCAGCUCGUGAUGCAGGUCUGGAGACUUUCAAGGACGGCCUCGGGGAAUAUAUCUCGCGUUGCCAGACCUAUGAGGGCGGAAUUGCAGCGUCACCAGGAGGCGAAGCGCACGGGUCCUACGCCUUUUGUGCGCUCGCUUGUCUGUGCUUAUAUGGUCCACCGCACGAAGCAAUUGGCAAGUUCCUCGAUGUCGAUGCACUGAUUUGGUGGCUCUCUUCCAGGCAAUAUGCGCCAGAAGGUGGCUUUGCCGGCCGCACAAAUAAACUGGUAGAUGGUUGCUAUAGCCACUGGCUGGGGGGUUGUUGGCCUCUGGCACAAGCGGCGGUGAGCGGUCCUCGAGACUCGGCCAGCGACAGGACAAGAGACGUGAGCGUGAACUUGUACAGCAGUGAAGGUCUGGCAAGAUAUAUUCUAUGUUGUUGUCAGGCAAACGAUGGCGGAUUGAGGGACAAACCAUCAAAAAUGCCGGACUCGUACCACACUUGUUACAAUCUCUCUGGACUCAGCAUAGUCGAACACUUCCACUCCUAUGGGACCGCGGAUAGCAACGAUCCAUUUGGCUCAGCGUUUACCUGGCAAUGCUCGGAAGCGCAAAUCCCUAGCGAGUGGGCUGCUGAGAAAAUCUUUGAAGCGGGUGCGGGUGUCAAGGGAAUUCACCCAGUCUUUGUGAUUCCCCAUGAAGCAGCAAAGGCCAUGCGCGAGUGGUCGUUGGCCAGGCCGCUGGACCUGCAAGGCGCAGAAUAA